CCGCCGUCGGCAGAGCAUGAAAACGCGGAUCGCACGGGCAGUGAGCCGCGACCUUGGGCCUCGCAGAGAAAGAACCAGAGUGGGAGGAAGAAAAGGGAGAAAUUGAGAAGGAGCCAGUCCGGUCCAGUCGAGUCGAGGGUGCGCGCCACAGGACUCGACAUACUCAACGAGCGCCGCUCAGCCUCACUUUUACUUUCAUUGGUCGCGCGAAGGACUCAGCCAGCCAACCGCAGCGGCUCUGUGCAGUGCGUUCGUGGUGCGAGCAUGGCUCGGUGUUGCUCUCGGGACUGUUCCGGUGGUGUUCCCAGUGGCUGCGGCUGCUCCCUGGACCGAGCUCGCCUCCUGGAUUAGCAUUUGAUCGGGUAGUCCUACAACGAAAAUCGCCAUGUACUCAGAGGAACAAGAUUCGCACGGGCUCUUGACAUUGCACUACGGCAAACAUCAUGCUACUAUAGUGGACGAGAUCAAGACUUGCUUCACGUCAGAGAACUAUGCUGACAUGACGUUUGUAUGCGAUGACAAGACAACAUUAAGCGCCCACAAGCUCGUCAUAGCCACGGCGAGUCCUUUGGUCAGGAGAAUAUUAGGGGAGAGCAUUCAUGCCAACAAUCCGACACAAGUACUUCUGCCGGGUAUCAAAAGUUGCCAUCUCAGACACCUGCUGGACUUCCUGUACAAUGGACAGGCCUGUAUCAAAUCUAGUGAACUUGAGAGCAUCCAAGAGCUUUUCGAGCUGUUCCAAAUCCAGUCGGACGUUUGGCAGUCUUCGAGUUCUGAAGAGGCCAAAAGUCAGUCUGAUGACGGCGGAGGCAGCUGGGAGAGAGAAAACGAAACGGGUGACCCUGUGGCGAUCAAAAGAGAGACCGAUGAUGAGGAAAAGGAAGAGGGAGAGAUCAAAGACGACGAGGACGAUCCGAACGAAGACGCCUCUUCGCAGGACCAGAACCACGGCUCUCCCAAUCCUGUCAAUUUGUCGAUAACCACGAAAAAUUCGGACAUCAACGAGCCGGCGCCAGAUCAAGACACCAAUUCAGAGAGAGGGGAACAAAAAAACUCGGACGCCCUAAAAAUCGGACAGACGUCGGUGAAGAUCGCGCCUAAAGUCCACGAGCUGUCCCAGUUCCACCACCAUCGAAUGAAACGCAAGCACGUUUACAUGGAGCCUAUCGACCUGAAGCACCAAGAGGAUUACUCCCAAAUAAAACCUCCCAUACCUGACUCCAAGCUGAUCACUCUAGUCCAGAGUCCGGACAACUACGUGGUGACGCCCCAUCGAAAACGACGUCCAGGUUUCCACAAUUCGCCAGCCCAAAACCCACCAUUUGUACCCUUCUCGCCAUCGUACAUAGACGACUCUAGCCACCACACUCAUCGCUAUAAAAAUUUGCCGCCGCUACUAGCAGCUCACCAUCCCUUAUCCCUAUCGGCGCCGCCAUUCCUCGUAGACAGGACUCACACGCCGACGCCUGGCACUCACCCAGACACCUCUUCGGCUCCCGAUAACGUGUUAGUGAAGUACCGGCCUCCCAGUGCGGACCAGGGGCUCGUUUCGGAGACUUACCCAGCCUUCGAGCACACUUGGGGUCCCUGGUCGCUGUGUCAGACCCAAGUGAACCCUCCUUCGGGAGGCGACGAGUCUCGGGAACCCCCGCCCAGCUUUGCGGGAGGGGAAGAUGGACCAGAGACAUCCCAGCAGGCGACGGGCAGUAAAGCGCCCUUGCCCGCCGUCCAAGUUCGUGAGUAUCGUUGUGAGUACUGUGGCAAGCAGUUCGGGAUGUCGUGGAAUUUGAAGACUCACCUGCGAGUGCACACGGGGGAAAAGCCGUUCGCGUGUAGACUAUGCGUCGCUAUGUUCAAACAGAAAGCUCACUUACUAAAACACUUGUGUUCCGUGCAUCGGAACGUGAUUUCCUCGAGCGACGGCAGCUCUGGACGCUUCAAUUGCUGUUUCUGUCCUUUGUCGUUCGAAUCGCUGCCGGAGCUGAUCAGGCACUUGUCGGGUCCCCACAAUAACUUGCUUCUGAGCAAAAACAUGCACGAGCUCAAGUAGCGUCCAUAUACCUUUUACAUUCCGUCUGCGAUGCUGUCGUAAAACGAAUAUAUCUGAGAACGACGCAUCGCACGUUGUGAUAUGCUAACAGAUCAGUGCCUUUUGAGUAUCUCGCACUCGCUAACUGUUCGAAACAAAUUUAUAUGUAUUUCUAAUAGGGAUUAAAUACAACCGAUGUGUUCAAUUUUUGACUUUACGUACCUAAAACUACGCGUGGUGUGUAUGACAAGUGCUUUCAAAUUCGGCUGGUCCGACUUAUUGAACAUUAUGUUUACUUAUUAGAUUCUCAUUUGAUAACCGUCCACUGUUAUAUACAUCACAAGUGGAUCAUUUAUAAUACACUAACUAAAAGCGCCAAAGGAUUAAACACAUUACUACAUACGCAUUACGAAUCGGUGAUAAUUUAUUUAGAAUCAGAGCCAAUCCGGACGGAGCGUUUUUAGUUGCUGUAUGUGAAAAAUUUGUAUAUAACAUGCUUAUAGUUUUUACUACAAAACUGGAACGUACGAACGUAUAUUUUUUUUAAUAUACACACCAAAGAAAUAAAUUUUAAGAAUUACAAUAAUAAAUCUAUCUAACUUAUGCAUCUUUCUUUCCUUUUGGCGAGCUCCUAACUUACUUAACGACAACCAGACAAAUCGCUGCACUUUGAAAAAAAAAAUUAUUCGCAACGCACGGCAACGUAGCCAACAAAAGUGGUACAAAUGUGGUAACUUAAUAUUUUUUUUAGUUUUUGUAAAUAACUUAGCUUGUAUAUAGUGUAAUUAAAUGACAAUAAAGUUAUAUUUUUUUC